CUGCCUCUCACUGAAAGGAUGCAGACGGUGAAUGGAGAGAUUCCACUACAGUUAAUUAAGGAGCACUCGGCACGUGCCUGUAAAUGCGAAGGGGCAAAUGAAUUCAGUGUCAGCGGGAGCAGCUCUUCAAGGGGAUGCAGUGAUAUUUCAAAGGUGGAAUUGAAAGAGCUGUAAAUCUAUUUCCUGACUCCGGCUUGACGGUCCUUUCUGAAUCACUGGACUGUUGCUAUCAAAGUGUGGAGCGGGGUUCACUGGAAGUUCCCUCCUCGAGCUAAAUUCAGAGUUAUUGGAUGGGAUCAACAUGAGCAGCAUUAUGGAUGGAUUUAUGUCAUUCUGUUGAGAUAUUUUUGACUCUUUGUUGGGCUGCUCAGAUGUGUCCUGUCAUGUCCUGGCUGCUCUGCCUGUGCCUCUGGGUCAGUGUGACUGUCAUUCAGCUUUGUCAGGCCACUUUCUACGACACCAUCCAGCAGCAUCACGGGACGAGGCCCGGACGGACCACCAUCCACAUGAUUGAGGGGGGCACAUGUGAAGUGAUCGCUGCUCACCGAUGCUGUAAUAAGAAUCGCAUUGAGGAGCGGUCUCAGACGGUCAAGUGUUCCUGUCUGCCGGGGAAGGUUGCUGGAACCACCAGAAACAGACCUUCAUGCGUCGACGCGUCCAUAGUAAUUGGGAAGUGGUGGUGUGAGAUGGAGCCUUGCCUGGAGGGGGAAGAAUGCAAGACGCUUCCUGACAACUCGGGCUGGAUGUGUUACGCCGGCAACAAGAUCAAAACCACAAGGAACACGCAGCCAUACACAACAUCAACAUAUUAACACUCUGCAGAACGGACACAGGAGAACGCCUCUGGUGGAAAGGUUAAUCUGCAGCACUGUCACCGGAGCAUUUACCACAAAGACAAUGCAACUAUUGUUGCUUUGAGAACCGUGAACAUUUCUCAGAUUAAAGUGUAAAAAAAGAUGUAGAAUACAUAAAGCACAUCCUGCUCAAGGCCACUGAAAAUAUUGACGCUCCGAGAUGCCUGCGGGGAACUUCAUCAUAACCUUGUAAUGAGUAUAUUUUCAUCGUUUCUUUCCAACUUUGAGAUGAAAUGUGAAUGUCUGUGCAUUUGAAUUAGAAUCUGGAGAGCAUUUAACGUCCCUCCUCAGACAUCAGUGGGACGGAUGUUCGCUACCGAGCGCCAAAACAAGACCAGAAUACAUCAAAAGGACACGACAUGAGCAAGUACAGUUGUUGACAGCCCUCAGGUUUUUCUUUUUUUACAUAUAUAUUGUAAGAGGAAAAAUAUUGUACAGAAGUGUUUGUCCUAUUCUUGUGUACAUGAACUUUAUUUAUGGUGGUGUGGAAAAACAAUCAUUCGGGUCCCUGAAUGCAGUCUCGACUGUCCUCCUCGUUCCCCACAAAACACAACACAGCCAAAUUCCGAUGAGUUCACGGAUGUGAUGAUAAAACAGAUGAAGUUGUGAGGAAGAUGUUUUUCAAAUACAACUCUGUGUCUUGAUACUGUACAUUUUACCAUUUUGUUUGUAUGGUACUUGUAUGCCUUUGAUCACCUCUUAAAUGGCUUUACCAGUCAAACUUGGUAUUGUGUCAGCUACCCCCGAAACUGAUUGACUCACCAAAAAACGUGAUACCAGUAGGUUGUUUUCGCUACUUGAAAUGCCUUAUUUGUGUUAAAUCAUUCAAAGAGGAUAUUGUACAUAUGAAGUCAAUAAAGUCACUGUUC